CCAUUGUGCUUCGUGAAAAUUUGUGAGAUUGGGGAGGAUAGUCAACAUCAAUAUGUCGGAACAUGUUGACCCAUAUGUGAUACCUUCCAAGAAAAUAAACUGCCAAAGGGAUCUUGAGAAAUUUUUGAAGUCUUCUACUUUUCAGGAUAUUUGGAACUUUAUUCUUGCUUUAAACGAAGCUGUCCGAGACAAGAAAACCACCGCCGCUGUUCCUCAAUCUUCCGUAGUACAGUCCCUUGUGGAGCAGUUAAACCGGCUUUCAGACUGGAUAGAUGAUAUUCCUCCCAUAGAACAGCCCAUGCGUUUUGGUAAUGCUGCUUUCAGGACUUGGCACAAGCGUUUAGUGGAAAACAGUAGGAAUUUAUUGGAACAAGUCUUGCCACCGCAAUUGCAUCCAAGUAUUGUAGAGUUGGCACCCUAUUUAGAAGAUAGCUUUGGCAACUCUCAGAGAAUUGACUAUGGUAGUGGCCACGAGGCAACUUUUCUGGCUUUUAUGCUUUGUCUCAAGAAAAUUGGUGCUUCUUCGGAAUCCGAUGCAGCUGCUCUAGUAUUUCAAGUGUUUGGAACCUAUUUGAAAGUAACUCGCAAACUACAAACGGUAUACAAAUUGGAACCUGCAGGUAGCCAUGGUGUUUGGGGUUUAGACGAUUAUGCAUUUUUGCCGUUUUUGUGGGGCUCCUCGCAGUUGUAUUCACAUCCUGAGAUCACACCGCGUUCAGUAUUAAAUGAUCAAGUAGUGGAACUGUACAAAGAUGACUAUUUAUAUAUUGGAGCCAUUCACUUCAUUAAACAAGUGAAAAGCGGACCUUUUGCUGAACACUCACCAUAUCUGUAUGAUAUCAGUUGCAUAACGGGUGGCUGGCCUAAAGCCAAUCAAGGCCUGUUGAAAAUGUAUCAAGCGGAAGUAUGGAACAAGUUUCCUGUCAUUCAACAUUUUCUAUUUGGUUCCCUUUUGCCAUUUGAUUAGAGGGAGAGUUGCUUCUCAGUCUAAUCACUUUUUUGCAUAGUUUCAUGUAAUUUGCUUUCAACGAAAAUAGGAAGGUAGUAGUAUUGGGUGCAAUUGAGCAUAAUGACUAUAACCAUUUGAGUGCUUGCCAUUAAAGGAAUUUUCUUUCAUAGUUUGACAUUCCU